AUGAAAUUUCCCACGGAGAACCCAAGAAAACCAGGGAAUCCUAACCCUACGCCAGGUUUGUAUUCGAACGUUUGGAACGUUUGUCGGUAAUCAAUGAAAGCAGAUCGAUUGAGUUAAAUGCUUCCAAUAUUAACGUAACAGUCUAUUAUAGGUUAUUUCGCUUAAUUGUAUAUACUUGAAGUAACCUUUAUAUAAUUGGACCAUAGGUGAAGUUUGAAAUGUAUUGAUAAACAUACAUUGAUGUUAUUGACAUAGGCUAAGUUAAUUUAUAACUGCAGUGAUUGAGUGCAACACACACAUGAGCAUGCAUUGCAUGACCACUAUCCAACGAGGAAUGGCGCAUACCACAACUGUUUUCCCUAUUAUGAAUAAAGCCUACCUAUAAUCCCACGUAGAGCCACAUGUUGGCUAUGGCUCUGAUCCCACCCCUAAAGAAUGUAAUACAUUUAUUGUUGAUGUAGAUACUACAUUUGGUGGGCACUGAUGUGUCUAGGGAAACUGUGCCUGCAAUCCACCAAAGCAGCAUACAUCUUUGUCCAGAUAGAUAAAGUAGGAGCCAUGGAGAGGGAUAAGGCUACCUGCCAUCUUAAUGAGCUUUAUGCAUUCUUCUUGAUUUAGAGAGUGCAUGGCUGUUUUGGUGAUUGACGUUCCCAUCAGAUUAGGUCCAGGGAUAGGCACGACUCCUUGCAUCUAGCCUACCUCAUGCUGGUAGCAUGUUUCCUAUUGGUAUUUUAUGUAUAAAUAUAUGUUAACACAAUUUAGCCACUAAUAAAGGUCUGAUUCCUCGUUUAUGUUAUUUUUAAGGGAAAUUGACAAUGGCCGCACUCUAGUCUAAAACAUGUCUGUUGAGGUGAAGGCUAAAUGGCCAAUGUGAACUGUCAGUCGGUAAUAUAAUGUCAUAAAGGAGCACUUUGUAUGUUACAGCUGCUGCAGCAUAGUGAUGCAUUGAGAGCUGGGGUAAAAACACAUUGCCUCAUCGGAUUUAGGUAGAGCUGUAGCUCUGCAUGGGUAGUUCCCGCCAAUCCUGCAUGCAUGGCAGGUCAAUGCGGCUGCCCUAUUCUCGCGCACGAUCACAUGUUUACCCAGCCGCCUCUCUAGCCACCAGUGCAGCAGGUGACUAUACGUUUUCAUCGGUAUGACCUUCUGGGAGAAAUGUCAACCGUGUUUUAUGGUCUACAUGCAGCCAGCAAAGUGUUGCUCAUCAAAAUUCAUUGCGCCUGCCAGACCAGUGUAGUGAAUGUUUUUCCUCACAGUGUGGUUGAAUGGUUACAUAAAUCACCAGCACUAAUUAAUUAUAUUUGUUUUCAUAAUCAAAACCUAGUAUACUUUGUACAAUGGUUAGGUACAUGAGAUGUGCCAGAACUGUGACGAUUCUUAAUAUUACAUCAUGUAAUAUUGAAAGUAAGCACCUUGAAGGUAUAAGCAUGAAAUAGAAGCAAUGCAGCUGAAAAACAUAUUUGGAUGCUUUGGCUAUGAAUUGUGGAUGUUUAUAACUACAAAGGCAUAUCACAAGAGGACAAACAGAAAAUCAACUCCUGGUUUUUCUUUCAAAUAUCAUUCAGACAGUACAGCAUUAGGAAAUUGUUUAUCAACCAAGGAUGUAUUCAUAUAUAAAGGCUCACUUUUUAAUCCAUAAAAAAUUGCAUUCUCAGCCUGUUCUUGGGGCUGCCAGCCAUACCAGGCCAGAGUAUGUGAAUCCGCUGGCUGAUGGAGUGUGCUGAUGGAAAACUCCAUGCCACUGCUCUGAGAUGCCUGCUCAUAAAAAUUGUAUCCAAGAGGUCAUCUGACUCUGGAGAAGCAGAUAAAGGGCCUCAUUGCCAAAAUCGCGAAGUAUCCCUUCAACCAUAAUGGGUUUUCAGAAAGCCCACAGAACACAUUAGAGAUUCUCUCUCUCUCUCUCUCUCGCUCUCUCGCUCUCUCGCUCUCUCUCUCUCUCUCUCUCUCUGUCUGCCACCCUGUGCUGCUCAAACCUUAAGCAUCAAGACACACUCCAUUACUAUUUCAUUGUCAUACUCCUGGGGCUGACAGACGGAAAUAAAUUAUAAGCCCAAACUGCCCAAAAACAUCAAGCCCAGUUCCAUGUGGUAGUCGUACCCAGACAAUAUAUUCAACUUAUUUACAUGCUGUAGGGUGGUAGGGUUCUGUUUUAUCCCACCCCUUUGCUUACAUCUGGAUUGUGCAGUAUAUGACUACACAUUCACUUUUCCUAUAUUGCAGCACCUAACAAUAAUGUUUCAUCAUGUUUUUCUCUGCAGUGGCGGUCCAGACCAAACUGUUCCCCCCCAAGAAGGUCCAGUCAGGUAUGAUGAGUGCCAGCCUGGUCCAGGCCAGUGUGGCCACCAUGCAGAACCCCAUGGGCUGCACCGUGCCCCGGCUCUCUCCAUCGCGACCUGCCAGCAUGGUGGCCAGCAUGGAGGCGGUGGGCGAGGAUGGCUCACCCCUGUUCACGGUCAUGAAGUGGAAGACCGUGGUAGCGGUGUUCGUGGUGGUGGUUGCCUAUCUGGUGGGGGGAGGCCUGAUGUUCCGGGCGCUGGAGCAGCCCUUCGAGAGCAACCAGAAGGUGACCAUCACCGCGGAGAAGGCGGCGUUCCUGCAGAAGCACCCCUGUGUCUCACCGGCGGAGCUGGAGGUGCUUAUCAAGGUAAGGAAAGACAGCAGCAGCCACUAG